GUCUUUGACUAUGACUUUGGACUUCAAGAUGACUUUAUUGGUUCGGCAUUUUUGGAUCUCACAUCAUUGGAAUUAAACAGGCAAACAGAUGUUACCUUGAGUCUGAAGGAUCCUCAUUACCCUGACCAUGAUCUGGGAAGCAUAUUAUUAUCAGUUCUGUUGACUCCUAGAGAAGAACAGCGGGAAGUGACAAUGCUAAUGAGGAAGAGUUGGAAAAGAUCAAGUAAGUUUCAGACUCAGAGCUUACGUCUCUCAGACCUGCACAGAAAAUCUCAGCUUUGGAGAGGGAUAGUUAGUGUUACCUUAAUAGAAGGCCGUGAACUUAAGGCGAUGGAUGCAAAUGGACGAAGUGAUCCUUAUGUGAAGUUCCGGUUGGGGCAUCAGAAGUACAAGAGCAAGAUUGUGCCAAAAACUUUGAAUCCUCAGUGGAGGGAGCAGUUUGACUUUCAUCUCUAUGAAGAACGAGGUGGAAUUAUUGAUAUUACUGUGUGGGACAAGGAUGCUGGCAAAAAGGAUGAUUUUAUUGGCAGGUGCCAGGUUGACCUGUCGACCCUGAGUAAAGAGCAAACCCACAAGCUGGAGAUGCCACUGGAGGAGGGAGAGGGAUACCUGGUGCUGCUGGUCACUCUCACAGCCUCAGCUGCAGUCACUAUCUCUGACCUCUCCGCCAACUCCCUGGAGGACCAGAAGGAGCGAGAGGAGAUACUGAAGAGAUAUAGCCCAAUGAUGAUGUUCCAUAACAUGAAGGAUGUGGGAUUUCUUCAGGUGAAGGUCAUCAGGGCAGAAGCAUUGAUGGCAGCUGAUGUCACAGGUAAAAGUGACCCAUUUUGUGUAGUUGAAUUGAAUAAUGAUAGACUGCUGACACAUACCGUCUACAAGAACCUCAAUCCAGAAUGGAACAAAAUCUUCACAUUCAAUAUUAAAGACAUCCACUCCGUGCUUGAAGUGACAGUUUAUGACGAAGACCGUGAUCGCAGUGCUGACUUUCUAGGCAAAGUUGCUAUACCAUUGCUGUCUAUUCAAAAUGGUGAACAGAAAGCCUACGUCUUGAAAAACAAGCAGCUGACAGGGCCAACAAAGGGGGUCAUCUAUCUUGAAAUAGAUGUGAUUUUUAAUGCUGUGAAAGCCAGCAUACGAACCUUAAUGCCCAAAGAAGUGAAGUACAUUGAAGAGGAAAACAGACUGUCUAAACAGCUGCUGUUAAGAAACUUUAUCAGGAUGAAGCGUUGUAUCAUCGUGCUCAUAAAUGCCGCCUACUACAUUAGCAGUUGCUUUGACUGGGAUUCUCCCUCGAGAAGUCUCGCUGCUUUUUUGCUUUUUCUUUUUGUGGUCUGGAACUUUGAGCUCUACAUGAUACCACUGGCUUUGUCGUUGCUCCUGGCAUGGAACUACUUCUUGAUCAUAUCAGGGAAAGAUAACAGGCACCAUGAUAUUGUAGUGGAGGACAUGCUAGAGGACGAGGAAGAAGAGGAUGACAGAGAUGACAAGGACAGUGAAAAGAAAGGGUUUAUGAAUAGACUUUAUGCCAUCCAGGAGGUGUGUAUCAGUGUCCAGAAUAUCCUUGAUGAAGUGGCUUCCUUUGGAGAAAGAAUCAAGAAUACAUUCAACUGGACUGUCCCAUUCUUGAGCUGGCUGGCAAUUGUUGCCCUCUCCGUGUUCACCAUCAUCCUGUAUUUCAUUCCGCUGAGAUACAUUGUCCUUGUCUGGGGUAUCAACAAAUUUACAAAGAAGCUUCGAAGUCCGUAUGCAAUUGAUAACAAUGAGCUACUUGACUUUCUAUCCAGAGUUCCUUCAGAUGUGCAAGUGGUGCAAUACCAUGAACUGAAACAGGAUCCCAGUCACAGUCCGAGCAAGAGGAAGAAAAACAACCCUGGCUAG